AUGUCCUCUAGGUGGAAAACGGCAAGCGGCAACUCUGUUAUUCCGUGUGGUGGAUACUCCCCAAUGAUGAGAAACGGGAAUGGGAACCACAUCGUUGGUGGGAAUCGGCUUGGGAAGAACGUGAAAGUGGAAUGGGAAUCACAACUUCAGGCUUCAGGUUUCUCCUUUGAAAUUAGCUUCAUCAUUGUCGGAUCACCAUUGGUUCUCCUUCACAUUUCACGCCACUGUGUCAGACGCAACCACCUCCACCCACCCUCUCCAUCACCUCUAUUCUUCGAAUAUGGAAAUUUCAAUAAGAUUCAUGAGAACCUAUGGUCAUCGUUCUCUUUUGUUCACAUUCUUGACCUGUGUGGGGAAGAGGGAAAACCUAUAGCAAUUUCUCUUUCUCCACAUUCUUAG